AUGUGUGGGAAAUGUGUUUCAUUGUGUUUGUUGUUUCUUCUGAAACAAGAGUUUGCAGUAAGCAUUCGAAUCACAGAGCUUACUGUACCGAGUCAUGCUGUAGAAAGCGGGUCCGUACUACUCCAAUGCCAAUAUGAUCUUGAAGGAGAAAUGUUGUAUUCCCUCAAUUGGUACAAAGACGGAAUAGAGUUUUACAAAUAUGUACCAAGCAAUAACGUUCAGUAUAAUUUUUUUCCGCAGAUCGGAGUCAAUGUGGAUGAAAAAGAUUCUUCAAGUAACGUCAUAAAAUUGACAAACUUGACUUCCGAUUCUGCUGGAUUGUACAGAUGUGAAUUGUCGGGUGAAGGGCCUUAUUUCAUAACCGUUCAUGACGAAAGAAAUAUCAGUGUACAUCUACUACCAUAUAGACGGCCCCAAGUAACAGGGCUCGAAGAAGAAUAUAGAGCAGGGGAUAUCAUAGCUGUCAACUGCUCAUCGUCAAGAUCUCGGCCACAGGCCCGAUUAAAAUGGCUAAUUAAUAAUGAGGCAGCUCCAAGAAAAUACGUCACCGGUCCCUGGUAUAGAAUAUCGAGAGAGCGUCCGGAUGCAAGAGAAACUAUACUACAAUUAAGAUUCAUUGUGAAAAAAGAACAUUUUGAAAAUGGAAUAUUGCAACUGAAGUGUCAGGCCACUAUAGCGCCUUUAUAUCAAGACGAGGUUAUACACCAUAUAAUACGCGCAGAAGACAAUAGGAUCGAUCCGAUAUCUGAGGACGUAAUGAAUGAAGAAAUAAACAGGUUAUUCGAUCAACAUACUCAGCUAAGCUCGUAUGAUGACAUAGAGAUGACGGUAGCUGAAUCUCAGAAUGGCCAAGGUAUCGGAGCUAUCAUGAGAAUUUCCGGUUUAAGCGUUAUGAUGAUGGUUGUAUUACAAAUUUUACUAUGA